ACGGGGUUUCACCAUGUUGGCCAGGCUGGUCUCGAACCCCUGAUCUCAAGUGAUCCGCCCGCCUCCGCUUCCCAAAGUGCCGGAUUACAGGCGUGAGCUUCCGCGCCCAGCCUCACAUGUGAAUUUCUUUAAAAACACCACCAGCAAAACCCCACUAUUCCCAUUUUACUGAGAAAGGUGCUGAGGUCCAGAGAAGGAGAAAACGUUAUCAUAAUUUACGCUGAAAGCUGCGUCCUCAAGUUCCGGUUUCCCAUCUCCCAUCCGGACUCCAACUGUUCGCGCAGUCCACAUAGUGUACCUGCCCGCCCAGCCGACCCCCCAGCAAGCCCCAGGAAGCCGUCCGCUGAACCUCGGGCUCUUGGGUUUUCCUAUGCCCCCUGGAGGUAUCUGCAAACCUCUCGGCAUCGCGCCACCACACCUCCCACCAGCAGGUGGCACUGUUGCCAUCUCCAUAACAUAGACUGGCAUUCCUUGUGGUGCUCAUGUUUUCCUAAGUCCCCGGGCACUUCCGGCGCUCACGGAACUUUGAUGCAGCCGGAUGCGCAACGUGGGGACUCUGGCGCGCCGGGCGGCAGGAGUUACUUCCGGCCGUGUAGGUGGUCUGAAUUGGGAGGCUGCGGCUAAGGGAAGAUGGAGACAAUACUGGAGCAGCAGCGGCGCUAUCAUGAGGAGAAGGAACGGCUCAUGGACGUCAUGGCUAAAGAGAUGCUCACUAAGAAGUCUACGCUCCGGGACCAGAUCAAUUCUGAUCACCGCACUCGGGCCAUGCAAGAUAGGUAUAUGGAAGUCAGUGGGAACCUGAGGGAUUUGUAUGAUGAUAAGGAUGGAUUACGAAAGGAGGAGCUCAAUGCCAUUUCAGGACCCAAUGAGUUUGCUGAAUUCUAUAACAGACUCAAGCAAAUAAAGGAAUUCCACCGGAAGCACCCAAAUGAGAUCUGUGUGCCAAUGUCAGUGGAAUUUGAGGAGCUCCUGAAGGCUCGAGAGAAUCCAAGUGAAGAGGCACAAAACUUGGUGGAGUUCACAGAUGAAGAGGGAUAUGGUCGUUAUCUCGAUCUCCAUGACUGUUACCUCAAGUACAUUAACCUGAAGGCAUCCGAGAAGCUGGAUUAUAUCACAUACCUGUCCAUCUUUGACCAAUUAUUUGACAUUCCUAAAGAAAGGAAGAAUGCAGAGUAUAAGAGAUACCUAGAGAUGCUGCUCGAGUACCUUCAGGAUUACACAGAUAGAGUGAAGCCUCUCCAAGAUCAGAAUGAACUUUUUGGGAAGAUUCAGGCUGAGUUUGAGAAGAAAUGGGAGAAUGGAACCUUUCCUGGAUGGCCGAAAGAGACAAGCAGUGCUCUGACCCAUGCUGGAGCCCAUCUUGACCUCUCUGCAUUCUCCUCCUGGGAGGAGUUGGCCUCUCUGGGUUUGGACAGAUUGAAAUCUGCUCUCUUAGCUUUAGGCUUGAAAUGUGGCGGGACCCUAGAAGAGCGAGCCCAGAGACUAUUCAGCACCAAAGGAAAGUCCCUGGAGUCACUUGAUACCUCUUUGUUUGCCAAAAAUCCCAAGUCAAAGGGCACCAAGCGAGACACUGAGAGGAACAAAGACAUUGCUUUUCUAGAAGCCCAGAUCUAUGAAUAUGUAGAGAUUCUUGGGGAACAGCGACAUCUCACUCAUGAAAAUGUACAGCGCAAGCAAGCCAGGACAGGAGAAGAGCGAGAAGAGGAGGAGGAAGAGCAGAUCAGUGAGAGUGAGAGUGAAGAUGAAGAGAACGAGAUCAUUUACAACCCCAAAAACCUGCCACUUGGCUGGGAUGGCAAACCUAUUCCCUACUGGCUGUAUAAACUUCAUGGCCUAAAUAUCAACUACAACUGUGAGAUUUGCGGAAACUACACCUACCGAGGACCCAAAGCCUUCCAGCGACACUUUGCUGAAUGGCGUCACGCUCAUGGCAUGAGGUGUUUGGGCAUCCCAAACACUGCUCACUUUGCUAAUGUGACACAGAUUGAAGAUGCUGUCUCCUUGUGGGCCAAACUGAAAUUGCAGAAGGCUUCAGAACGAUGGCAGCCUGACACUGAGGAAGAAUAUGAAGAUUCAAGUGGGAAUGUUGUGAAUAAGAAGACCUAUGAGGAUCUGAAAAGACAAGGACUGCUCUAGUAUUCAGGGAUGUAGCUCAGCUUUUGGGCUAGCCCAGGCUUCCCUGAGAUCUGCUUUUUGUAUUUCUCCCAACCAAAUCCUCUUAAAGACCCUUUGCUAUGUAGUCUCAUGGUCUAGCAUGCAUCUUGUAGAAACAAGACAUGCUGGCAGAUUGCAGGGUUGAGAUGUGUUUUAUCUGUUUUAUAUUUUAAAAGAUUCUGCCAGAAAAUAAAACCAUACCUUGUUCUAAAGCCCAGGGUUAUGGACCAACUCAGUGAGUGCUUCAGGUCUUAAGGCCUCCAUACCUCUUUCUCACCAACUUUUAGUAGUAGGUGAGAUUUAAUGGGCACCUGUUUUGCUACAAAUCUGACCUGACCUCUUACCCUACCUUCCUUUGUUGCUGCUUCCCUGAAUGAGUAUUACCCCAGGAUAAGGUCUGCCAUCAGCUUAGCCAUUGAUGCAAAUACUAGGGAAAGACUAGGAGGAUGAGCCAGGGCUGCUACUAAGGACUAAGUGUGGUACCAAGGUUUGCCUUUUGUAUUUGCAUAAAGAAAGGAGUUGGAGCUGGGUGCAGUGGCUUGUGCCUGUAGUCCCAGCUACUUGGGAGGCUGAGGCAGGAAGGUUGCUUAAGACCAGCCUAGGUAACAGUGAGAUCCUGUCUCAUUAAAAAAAAAAAAAAAAAAUUGGCAUGGUGGCACGCACUGUAGUCCCAGCUACUCAGGAUGCUGAGGCUAGAAGAUCCUUUGAACCUAGGAGUUUGAGACCAGCCUGGGCAAUAUAGUGAGGCUCCAUCUCAAAAAAAAAAAAAAAGAGUUGGGCUGUAUUAGAAUGGGCCUGCAGCCCAACAUACAAGGAAACUAGGACCAACAGAGACUUCACCAGCUUGCUAGGUCAGAAUGAGAGACUUUGGUCGGUCUGUCUACCUGUUUCUUCUACAAGAUCCCCAUUUGACUGUAGAAGUAGCUAAUACUCACAUGUUCUUCAAGCCCAGAUAGCCAUGGUAGAGUUGGGUAGUUAAGCAGCUGCUCCAGGAUCCAAAUGUGGUGUCUGAAAUGGAAAGAACUAAGGCAACCAGGAAGGAACUGAUCUGCCUUAUAAGCACAGUCAUCUGAAAGUCAGGCCUGCUGCAGGACAGGAUCCCCCAGAGACCCCAUUUGCCUCUCAACACUCAGAUCUUCACCUGUUUUUAAUAAAUCUACUUUUUAAAAAAA